AUGGACGUCAUUCAGAAAACCGUUCUGGAUCCUCUCCAGCCCUACCUCAAACCCAUCGUCGAGGCCAUCCCUGAACCUGUCCAUGACGCGGUCAUCUCGUUGAUCGGCGAAACCUGCCACAGCGCGUUGUUGCUCGACCUCAGUCUCACCAAGGACGCCGCAUGCACUUCCCUGGCCAUCUCCAAGGCCCUGGGCAUCGCCAUCGUCGGCGCCAGUGCCGUCGUCAAGGUCCCCCAGAUUCUGAAGCUCAUCAACUCGCGUUCGUCCGCUGGGGUUUCCUUCGUGUCCUACGCCCUUGAAACCGCCAGCUUGCUCAUCACCCUCUCGUACGGCGUGCGCAACCAAUUCCCCUUCAGCACCUAUGGCGAAUCGGCCCUCAUUGCCGUGCAGGAUAUUGCGGUCGGUGUUCUCGUCCUGAAUUUCGCCGGCAAGCCUGCCGCGGCCGCUGCUUUCAUCGCUGUUGUUGCCGCUAGCGUGUAUGCACUUCUCUUCGACCAGACCCUCGUCGAUGCGCAGACCAUGUCCUAUCUGCAGGCUGGUGCUGGCGCUUUGGGUAUUGCCAGCAAGGUGCCCCAGAUUUAUGCUAUUUGGAGCCAGGGUGGGACUGGACAGCUGAGCGCUUUCGCGGUCUUCAACUAUCUCGUCGGAUCCCUAUCUCGCAUCUUCACUACUCUCCAAGAAGUCGACGACAAGCUCAUUCUCUACGGAUUCAUCGCCGGCUUCUCUCUUAAUGUCGUCCUUGCUGCGCAGAUGCUGUACUACUGGAACAGCCCCGAUCAGUCGAAGCUGAAGUCGAAGAAAUCUGCCGGCAAACAGAAGGCUGUCGAGCAGAGCCCUAUGGGCCAAAGCACCGGUGCGUCGCCCAAACCGGGUUCAAAGGCGCCUACUACUCGACGACGGGGUUAG